AUGAUCAAGUUUAUUUGCUUGCUUGCGCUCGUCGCUGUUGUGGCCGCGUUGCCCAAUGGUCCGAUCGAGAAGCGUGAAGUUGCGGCACCGGAAGCAGUGAAGGUAGCGAUCGAAAAGGAGGCUCCAGCCAUCCAGGAAAGCGCAGUUGAGGCCAAGGACGAUAUGGACAAGGCCGAAACGUUUGGCUUCGGAUAUCACAAGGUGAUUCAUGUCGGUGUCCCAUAUUACUCGGGCUACCAUCAUUAUCCUCGUUACUACCACGGUGGAUACCACGGUGGCUACGGUUACCAUGGAUACGGACACUACUGGUAA